AUGGCUUCUGACUCUGAGCUCCCUGAGCCUGAGCUCCCUUUUUCUCAUUUAGGCAAUAACGAUUUUAAUAUUGCUUUAUAUGAAAUGACGCAUGGACCUCUACAUUAUGAUAGCGAACGAUUAAGCUCUCUUUUGUACAACCCAAUUGAUAAUUCGUCUGUCUCUAAUCAGUUUUUCUUUAAUGAGUUAGAUCCAGAUCAACAGUUUACUUUUUCUCCUCCUCCUAGUAAUUAUUAUACUGAGGAUGAAAUUAAUGCUAAGCUAACUAAUAGUUCAAAUUCUCCUUGCUUCUCUGUAUUUCAUAUUAAUACACGAAGCCUAAUCGGUCAUUUAGAUAAAUUUAAAUUCCUGCUUAGUCAUUUGCAAAAUCCAUUUUCUGCCAUAUGCGUAUCGGAAACCUGGCUAACUGAGCUUACGUCGGACCAGGUGGAAAUACCUGGAUAUAAAUUUAUUUCGAACCACCGCGAUAGCAAGUCCGCCGGUGGAGCAGGUCUUUAUUUACUUGACGAUUUAGAAUACAAAUUAUGCCGCGAUUGUAAUUAUUCUGAACCUGAAGUGAUCGAAACUCUUUUUGUUGAAAUUAACAUUCCCAAUGGGAAAAAUAUUAUAGUUGGUACUGUUUAUCGUCCGCCUAAU